GCGGCGACGGCUAGCAGUCGCCACCCCCUGCGAGCGCCAGAGCCGGACCAGCCGCACGGAGGCUGCUGAGCCGGUGACCGCGGAGCUGGCCCUGCGGGGCCCCGGGGGGGAGGGGGAGCCGCAAAGCCCCCGCUGAGGCCGCCGUGGCCGGGCCUCCCCUCCCCCCCGGGCCGGCGCCAUGCGGGGGGGCCCGGGAGACGCGGAGCGGCGACAGCGCUGGGGUCGCCUCUUCGAGGAGCUGGACAGUAACAAGGAUGGCCGCGUGGACGUGCACGAGUUGCGCCGGGGACUGGCCAGGCUGGGCGGGGGCGACCCAGACCGCGGUGCCCAACAGGGCGCCUCUCCUGAGGGUGGCGCUGACCCAGAUGGCGGGCUGGACCUGGAAGAGUUUUCCCGUUAUCUGCAGGAGCGAGAACAGCGCCUGCUGCUCAUGUUUCACAGUCUUGACCGGAACCAGGACGGUCAUAUCGACGUCUCUGAGAUCCAGCAGAGUUUCCAAGCUCUGGGCAUUUCCAUCUCGCUGGAGCAGGCAGAGAAAAUUCUGCACAGCAUGGACCGCGACGGCACAAUGACCAUCGACUGGCAGGAAUGGCGCGACCACUUCCUGUUGCAUUCGCUGGAGAACGUGGAGGAUGUGGUCUAUUUCUGGAAGCAUUCCACGGUCCUGGACAUUGGGGAAAGCCUGACUGUGCCGGACGAAUUCUCAAAGAAGGAGAAGCUGACGGGCAUGUGGUGGAGGCAGCUGGUGGCGGGCGCGGUGGCGGGCGCCGUGUCGAGGACGGGCACGGCCCCUCUGGACCGCCUCAAAGUCUUCAUGCAGGUCCACGCCUCCAAGGCCAACCGGCUGAACGUCCUGGGGGGCCUCCGGAGCAUGGUCCGCGAGGGGGGCAUCCGCUCCCUGUGGCGAGGCAACGGCAUCAACGUGCUCAAGAUCGCGCCGGAGUCAGCUAUCAAGUUCAUGGCCUAUGAGCAGAUCAAGCGGGCUAUCCUGGGGCACCAGGAGACACUGCAUGUGCAGGAACGCUUUGUGGCUGGUUCCCUGGCCGGUGCCACGGCCCAAACCAUCAUUUACCCCAUGGAGGUGCUGAAGACGCGGCUGACCCUGCGCCGGACGGGCCAGUACAAGGGGCUGCUGGACUGCGCCAGGCGCAUCCUGGAGCACGAGGGGCCCCGCGCCUUCUACCGUGGCUACCUGCCCAACGUGCUGGGCAUCAUCCCCUACGCGGGCAUCGACCUGGCCGUCUACGAGACCCUGAAGAACUGGUGGCUCCAGCAGUACAGCCACGACUCGGCAGACCCAGGCAUCCUCGUGCUCCUGGCCUGCGGCACCAUCUCAAGCACCUGCGGCCAGAUAGCCAGUUACCCCCUGGCCCUGGUCCGGACCCGCAUGCAGGCCCAAGGAGGGCGUGCGGGGCCUCUACCGGGGCAUUGCCCCCAACUUCAUGAAGGUUAUUCCGGCCGUGAGCAUCUCCUAUGUUGUCUACGAGAACAUGAAGCAGGCCUUGGGGGUCACGUCCAGGUGAGGGACACGGAGCCCGGCCCCCUGCCCUGCGACCCCUCACCCAGGUCACGACGUCCCCUACACCUCGCUGAUGACCCAACCAAGGAGCCCCGCACUUCAGCCACUGGAUCCCGACACUCCAACUCUAGAUCCCAGGUACCCCCCGUCCUGCCACCUCACCUGUGGAUCCCGCACUUUGGCAGCCGGAGUCUGACGCCCGGGCCACCAGACCCCAGAGCAUCCACGCCCCAGCCCUCAACCCCUCCCUGCCCCCAGACCACCAGACCCCGCACCCCCAAGGUGGAUUGCACUGUGUGCUUGACCUCCGCAUCUUAACCACUGGAUCCCACUUAACUCAGCGAAUGGAUCCCGACACCCCAACCACAGGAGCACAUGUCACCCCGCCUGUACCCCAGCUCCCUCGGGCACCCGACCCGGCGUCCUGGCGCAGCUCUGGAUCCCAGGUCCCCCAACCCCAGAUCCGCACGCCCCGAGCACUGGCUCCUGGGUCCCUGCACCUCAAGCCCCACACCCUCGGCCCCCAGCCACAGGAUCCCAGAUGCCCAGGCACCAACUCACUGGAUUCUGGCGCCUAAAACCUAUGCAGGAGCCCAACAGCACAGCAGUCUGCAGCCACUGGACUCCAGAUUCUAGAACCCAAAUCCUUCUGCCCCGUAUGGCUGGGUACUGAGACCUCACGCACAGAAGGGUCCGGCCCUUGGUUCCUGGUUUCCCGUCUGCAUGUUCCAGGCGCUGGGUUCCGAGUGCUCAGGCUCUGUAAUCUAGACCCCAAUAGACCAAUCGCAGCCUCCCGGGUCCCACACGGCCGCGUCCCAGACCCACGCCAGAGCCUGGUGGCUCCGCCAUGAGACCACAUGGUCUGCGGACCCGCAGGGAAGCCCCGACCCCACCUGCCCCACAGCUCCGGGAAACCUAGAGGAUUUGUCCCAAGUCCUGGUAUGGGACAUCGCCAGGCAGCAGGGGAAGGGGGCCUGUCCCCCGACCCGCGUGGGUCCUGGGCCCUCCCGCACCUCCUGGUCCUGGGGGGGUGGGGUCCCUUCCCUGGAACCUCUUCCAUUCCCUCCCCAGCCCACCCCCUUCCCACCUCACAGGCCCUAACCCCCAGGGCCCCGGGGUCCUUUGGAGGAGCCAGUCGCUCAUGCUUGGGGGCCUCAGAAGUCGGAAGCCAGAAGCAAAUUUGCAUAGCCCACCCUUCCCUAAAUCCAAGCAUCCAAAUUAUGCAAAAGCAAACAAACAAACAAAAAGCCAAAUUCCAAAACUCAUUCCGGGUCUAUUUUUGUAGCAGAGAGAGGAGCGAAGCCUCCCUCCCCCUCCAACCCAAGCCCCAGCCCCCCACCCCCACGUUCUGCACUUUAUAGCUGGAGUCUGAGCUUAGGAUAAUCGGGGGACCCCAUGGACAGACAUAGAGAGACAGCCUGGGGUGUUGGGGGGCUGGAGGACCCCCCCCCACGGCUUCCACCUCCACCGUGCCCCGCCUCCCUGCCUGUGUGUGUUAUUUCAAAGGAAAAUAACAAAAGGAAUAAAUUUUCUAAGCUCUU